AUGAGGGUUUUUCGCAAGAAAAAUGGGAGGGUGGUGGCGGACGAGAAACGACGAAAGGGUGGCCACGAGCUGAAGAGAGAUGAGAAAAAGGCUGUAGUCGCUCGAAAAAGUCGUGGUUUUUCUUUCGGUGUGCCGGCACUUGGAGCGGCGGUGGUGGUCGUCCAGAAAACGUCGUCCCCAUUUAGCGACUGUAUGCUGUGCUGCGGCUGCCGGAGCUGCUGGCUGCUUUCUCGUCGUGGCGCUGGCAAACCGAAGGCCGUUAAUCAUCGCUUUGUCCGAAACACACUCGCAAACGGAGUAACUUUGGUCGAAAUUAUGAUUAACAGGUCACCGUGUAGUCGAGCUCGACACCUUCACCUCCAGCGCCCCAUUUGUCCACCUUCUUCGCUUUCGUAG